AUGCCCGAUUACACCGGGCCGGAAGGCGGCAAGCAGCGCGCCGAGGCCUUCAAGCUCUCCAAGAAGCGGGACGGCUUCAAGCACGACGCCAAGGCGGCCUACGACCGCGGCGACAAGGCCGCGGCGCACGCGGCGAGCGUCAAGGGCAAGGACCUCGACGCCGAGGUCGCGAGGCUCCACGCGAGGGCCGCGGCGACGAUCUUCGCGUACCGCAACAAGGGCCACCCGGAGACGUUCAUCGACCUCCACGGGCUGCUCGUCGACGAGGCCCUGCGGUUCCUGACGCAGCGGCUGGACGCCCUGAAGCAGGGCGACCUCGAGGUCGUCACGGGCGCGGGCCACCACUCGGAGAACCACGUCGCGAAGAUCAAGCCCGCGGCCAUCGCGCUCUUCAAGGAGCGCCGGCUGAAGUUCUCCGAAAUCAACGCGGGCGACGUCAAGGUCCACCUCAAGUAA